ACUGGCAAAUUGCCGUUAACAUGUCAUGUGUGAACAGAACCUUUCCGGUAAAUCAGUGCUCCCAAUUUACCAGUAAGACAGGUUGUAAGAUUAACGGUAAUUUGCCGGUAAGCGCUGUGUGUGAACGAAAAAUAUAGCAUUACCGGCAUUUAGAUGACGUCAGACCGCGCUGACAGAUCGGGCGGGCCAAUCAGAACGUUUUGAUACAUGUGACGCGUUUACUCCGCGCUGUUUACAAAAUCAAAAUGACUGCAAACUGGAGUGAUGCUGAAACAAAAGCGCUUCUUCUCAUUCGAGCGGAUGAGGAGAUUUGUCGACAACUUAACGGAACAGUUAGUGACACCGUAACAUACGAUAAAAUAACGAGACUUCUGAAAGAACAAGGUAUAAACCGAAGUAAAAGUCAGGUGAUUAGCAAACUUAAAACGCUGAGGCUGAAGUUUCAGAAAGUACAUGACCAUCAUAAAAGAAGUGGAAACGGCAGGAUUUCGUGGGCAUAUUUUGAGCUUUGUCAGUCCGUUUGGGGUAACAGUCACUCUACAGAACCAGUGGCUUUAAGCAGUAGCCUGAACACCGAGGAGGCUCAAACUAGCUCCGCAGAGUCUGCAGAUCAUGCGAGUGGUGAAAGUAUGCCGCCUGACAUCGAGACGGACUGUGUGGCAGAAGAUACCACUCAACCCCCUAAAAAGAAGACCAAAAAAGCCAAAAACUUCACAGAGUCUAUAACCACAAUGCUAGAGUCAAUGGACAAAUCAUUCAGAGAACAAGAAGCUAUCCAUGUCCAAGAACAAAGGGAGUAUGAGGAGAAGCUGCGUAAAGAGGCCCGGGAAGAACAGAAGGAAGACAGGGCAACCCUAAUGGCUAUGUGGAGGGAAAUGAUGGAGUUUCAAGGGAACCUCUUAAGGGAAUGCAUGAAUCGUCCACCCCUUCCUACAUCUUAUCCACCUUAUUCAUCCCAUCAACAACAGUUCUCUUUCCCAGGUCCUAGCACUAGCUACAUGGCACCAUACUAUCCACCAGAAAAAGAGGCCUCACCCCAUCCUCAGUUUAGGUCUUCAUUCCUAGACGAUUUAGAGGAGUAGAUCAAAUAAAUAAGUUAACUACAAGUUAUAAGAUAUACACUAAUGGUGCAUGUUAUGAGUUGCGCUUAAAUGUUCCAUGUUAAUGUUUAAAUUGUAUUCUCUGAACUAU